GUCCCGGCUUCACCGCCAGCGAGCGGGCGCCUGCUUUGGGCGCGCACAGGACCGGGUGCCGGGGGGGGGGGGGCUUGGCGAGUCCCCAAAUCUUGUGCUGAGCACGCACGUGCGCGCGAGCCCAGCCACCCCCGUCCAUGCUCCUGGGAGGGCAUGCACCGGAGGGGCACCCAGCCGGAGAAGCAGGCCUGGGAAUGCUGGCGUGCCUCCCUCGCCCCGCCGACGCUGCUCCCGGUCUCGCCCGCCCACCUGCCUGCCUCUGAGGAGUUGGCUGCUCCGACGCCGACCUGGAGUGCUUCUCGGCUCCUUUGCCGGGCAACGGCAUGGGCGCUCUGCCCCGCGACGGGGCGGCUCUGGGUGUCACCCCCCUCAUGGUGUCACCCGGGUGCGGUGCGCACCCCCCACAUCCUGCUAGUGACACCGCUGCAUUGCCGCUGGUGGCCUUGAAGCCUGUGCCUGGCUUGCCAUUGCCUCUGCUUCUGUGGUCCUGGGGUGUUGGGAAAGAGGUUCUGAGAGCAGAUUCUAGGAUCUAAUAGUGAACUUAUUUGUCAAGUACUGAUCCUUGUGUAGCCAGGACGGGACCAGCCACAUGCACAAAGGCUUGGGAAAACUCCAUGUUUUGCAGAAGUAUAAAAAAAAAUAGGGGGGGAACCGAAAAGGGGAGGGGAAUGAAUGAGAACUGAACAUCCUCAGUGGCUACGGAAUGCUGUCUGUGUAUUGGGGUGGGGAGAGAAACCUGGGGAGAGGAAAUGGAACAUCCUAAAAGAAGUCUGAUUGGUUGGAACCCUGAACAGAAGCACUCUACACUAUAACAUUUUGUUGCACUUCUCACUUUUGUGGGAAUUUUUCAUGUGGUGUUAUUGGGGACUGGACUGAAAUUUGAAAGACAAUGUCUCCAAUGAAGAUUAAUUUUGACACUUUAUCAAUCAGGAUGUGUUUUGAAAACUUCACGUACACCUAAUUUUGCAUCUUCCUUAAAGUUACAGAAUGUGUGGCGGCUCUGCUGAGUUUCUGUUCCCAAACAGAGCUGUGUGGUUUCUCAGAUAGGAAGUCACAGCGAACAAAAGGAACAAUAUGUUUAGCUUCAGAUGUCCAUUUCAGAUUAUUGGCUUAAUGCAUCUUCCUGCCCAAUCUCAAAAUAGGGGCAAUCCUUGCAACUGAAGACUGAUACAGCACAAGAGCCCUUAGUCAGCGGGAUACAGGCUUGAUGAAGAUAUGACCAUGGAUGAAGAGGAGGCACUCAACUCGAUUAUGAAAGAUCUUGCAGCCCUGGGCAAAUGCGGGGGCCUCUUGGACAGCAACAGGAACAAAAACCACGUCCAUUCAAACAAACAGUUGCGGAAUGCCAGGAUCAAAUUUGAACAUGAUGGAGAGAAAAGGAUUAUCCAAUUCCAGAGGCCAGUUAAAUUCAAAGAAGUGCUACAAAAAGUCAUGGAUGCUUUUGGGCAGAUGAUGGACUUGCACUACGCCAACAAUGAGCUCCUGAUUCCCCUUAAAUCCCAGGAAGACUUGGACCGAGCUGUGGAACACUUGGAUCUCAGCCCUUCUCUGAAGAGCCUCAGAGUGUUUGUGAAAACUCCAAAGAAAACAAAUGCUCUGCAACCCAACAACAGCAAACAGCAUGAGAUGAGAAUAUCCAAGUCUAUGGGAGAUAUCUUGGGGUCCCUGUACAAAGAUGCAGAGAGGACACGGAAGCAUUCAACAGGCUCCUUGCACACUGGCCGGAGUUCUCCACCCCCCGGGAGCGUCCCCGAAGAGCAACAGCAGAUUGCUCGGCAGGGCUCUUACACCAGUAUCAACAGUGAAGGGGAGUUCAUCCCCGAAAUGAUGGACCAAAACUUGCUGGAGCCAUUCAUCAGUCCAAACAACUCGCUCUCGUCAAGCUGCCAGUCCCUGGACAGAUCCGGAGACAGUCCACCCUUUAGCCAAGCUCCUGUUCCAAGAAGAGACCAUGAAGACAGCCUUGAUUGUCUAGAUUUUGAUAUCCCAUUUUGUGAGAGAUUUGGAAAGGGGGGGACCUUCCCGAGACAAUAUCAUCUGUCCCAGAGUCGCAAGGACUACAGUGAUGGCCGAAGAACCUUCCCCAGGAGUUACGUUCCGCCAGACAAUCUAUUCCAGCUUGUGCCGUCCAGUCGAACAAAAAGCUACAAUGGAGACAACAAGCUCGUCACCUUGCGGUACAAGGAACGCGGGGGCAACAAGUGGUGGCACAACUGUGACAAAAUCUUCCAAGACUUUGGCUCUUCUCCGUCCAAGACGAGGAACACGCUGCAGGCCCCAGUGAACUGGAGGCUUGGGAAGCUGCUGGGCCGUGGUGCCUUUGGAGAAGUCUAUCUUUGCUAUGACGCUGACACUGGCCGGGAGCUCUCUGUAAAGCAGGUGCCCUUUGACCCCGACAGCCAAGAGACGAGCAAAGAGGUGAAUGCCUUGGAAUGUGAGAUCCAGCUGCUCAAAACCCUCCGCCAUGAGCGGAUAGUCCAGUAUUACGGCUGCUUGCGGGACCCUGAGGAGAGGAAACUGUCCAUCUUUGUGGAAUACAUGCCAGGGGGUUCUAUCAAAGAUCAGCUGAAAGCCUACGGAGCCCUGACGGAGAAUGUGACUCGAAAAUACACUAGGCAGAUCCUGCAAGGCAUUUUCUACUUGCACAGCAACAUGAUUGUACACAGAGAUAUUAAAGGGGCCAACAUUUUGAGAGAUUCUGCUGGGAAUGUGAAACUCGGAGACUUUGGUGCCAGCAAACGCAUUCAGACCAUCUGCAUGUCUGGAACAGGGAUGAAAUCUGUCACAGGGACUCCCUACUGGAUGAGCCCUGAGGUGAUCAGUGGGGAAGGAUACGGAAGGAAAGCAGACGUGUGGAGUGUGGGCUGCACUGUGGUAGAGAUGCUGACUGAGAAACCACCCUGGGCAGAAUUUGAAGCAAUGGCAGCCAUUUUCAAGAUUGCUACACAGCCCACUAAGCCCCAGCUUCCAGACGGCGUCUCGGACUACUGUCGCAGCUUCCUCAAGUUGAUCUUUGUGGAGGAGAAGCGGAGGCCCACCGCCGAAGACCUUCUGAGGCACCCAUUUGUGACCUUUAGCCUCUAGCAGGCCUUCCCUUUAUCGGAAGGAAUGGAGAAAAAUGACCAAAGAUUCACACAAUCAUGGUAGAGUGAGCAACAGAACUAAACUGCACACUUCUAAAUCCAACCUCAGUUUCCUGUGUGGGUUACUCCCAUACGUGCUGCGUUGUUGUCAAUCAUGCGUUGUUGGCCAGGCGGCGGCCAUAUUACCAAGUCUCUAAAGUGUACUUGCAGCCAUCUUGACUUCGUGAGGAGUGAUGAGUCUUUGAGAUGGAGAGAUUUGGAGGGAACUGAGGUGAUGCUGGCAAUAUAACUAUGUUGCCUUGUGAACACCAGUGGAUUGUCUGCUCGCAUAGCCUUUUCUCUAGGACCUAAUGGACUUGGUCAACCACAAAAGAGCAAACUGAAGGAAGUUUGACAGCCUCUUGUCCGCUGACAAGAGCACCCUGGUGAAAUUGCUGAAAACAGCAGAAUGGACAGCAUGCUCUGCAGACCUAGCUUUGCCAUUGAUGCCAGGCUGGCAGCCAUUAAAAGGAAACUCUGCAUGAAGCGAGUGGAGUAAAUCCCCAGUGCAAAAGAGCAAAGGCACAUAUCUACUUCUGUCUGAAAAAGGAAAAGGCACGACUGAGCCUUAGAGACAAAUAGCAGGAAGUCCGGUGCACAUAGAACUAUCUCUGGCGGUUAGGAGAAGGAAAGCCAAGAGAAUUGCUCUGUAUCUUAGUCAUUAUAAUCGAAGGGGUAAAUAUAGCCGUGAUCCAUCCCAAAGUGAUCAAGUUAGGGAUAUGACUGCGAAGGCGAUUGUGUCGAAUGGAACACAACAGGAAUUAUAGAACCUUAUAGGAUUCCUCCAAAGUAUCUUUUCCUUGGACUCACAGGAGAACUAGUUAUAUCCAACCCACCUAUGAGAGAAAUAUUUCCUUAACCUUGUUUCCUUGUUAAAAAUUCCCAGAGAUAGAGACUACACCAGUCUGUUUCGACAAUAUAUUUCAUUGCCUGUGUCCAAGAUUCUUAGCAUGUGAGGCUGCUAAAGAAUUCACAAGCGUCUGCUGGGCUUUGCCCAGUGCAGUGAUAAAGGGCCAAUUUAAAUGUUAAAGCCGCCUGUUGCAGAGUCAGGGAGCAUUUCCCCAAGGCAGUAUUAGCGUCUUAAAAUGAUUUACUACUAGAGCUGCAACACAUUCAAUGCAAUACUAGGUAGUAGGAAUAACUCCUACUAAGUUCCAUGGAACUUUUUCUGAGGUAUGGGUAGGACUGCAGCUUUAAUCUGAUUAUUUAAAAGUCAACUAAAAAGUUGCCCACAAUUAACUGACACCAGUUUUCCCCCCCAAAAUUAGUUUUUAUACAAGUACUUCUAAAAGCUACAAGUGUCGCCUUGGAAGAGGCAUUCCCUCCUGCAUGACAAAGAAUGCCUCUUCUAAGAUGAUGUUUGCUCUGACACAUUUGUACAUCAUCUAUUACUAUUUAUUGAAUUUAUAUCCAGCCCUUCUUCCCAAAAGGAGCCCAGGACAGCAAACCAAAUAAUCUAAAACCAAAUAAGGCAGGGCUUCUCCCCCCCCCCUUUUUCUUUAGAUUUUUUUUUUCUUAGAUGUACAUUUUUUGUGGAUUUAAUUGGUAAAUUCAUCAACUAAACCCAUGUGAAAAAUUGAACUAAGCUUACCUUAAUUUGGGUGACAGGCAUUCCUGCUUUUUCCAAAAUCUUUGCCCCUCAGUCUUGCACAAAACACUGCAUAUCCUCAGUGUGGUGGGGCUUGUAUGUUGUAUGCACUUGGGGGAAUAUACUUGGUAAGGAACAUCAAGAUGUCAGGGACCUUGCGUGCUGCAACUUUACACGGAAUGUUUUUUCAACAGCCUACAAGUAGAAGUUGUAAUUUUUAGUUGUAGACCUAAGAGAGGCUGCCAGCCAAUCACAGCAGGAGAGUGAGUGUCUCUAUUCAUCUGCUUCCUGAAUCGAUUGUUGAACUGACAAUUAGCAGCGUCAGUUUCUUGGAAGCAUGGCAGAUGUCAACAAAAAUCCAGACUGUGUACUGAAUUAUAAUCUAGAUUGUGCGGCCUAAGUCAGUUGUGCAUAUCAAGCAAAUGUGUGUAUUUUGCUAUGUUUUGCUUAGUUUACAUUAUGUCUUCUGCUGCCCACGGUAGAAAUACAAGGAGUUACGCAUAAUGUUGAAGUUCUACCCACAGCUGUUUGACUCCCCUCCACCCCCAUCCCCGGCUGUGCCUUCAGCAGCUGAUAUUUCACUAGGCAAAAGGGGACACAUUUUCUGGAUCACCUCUGCAGCCAUAAAAACUAAAACAAGCAGAGAUUGUCUGGAUACUGAAUUUUGUGCCAGGUAUCUUGUGUGAUUACACAGUGCGCUUGAAUAUAAGUACAAUGAAGCCAACUCUGGAUGAGGGUGUAAAUCGCAUCCUUUUCAUUUAAUUGGCUCUCGACUGCUCCAUAAACCGGUUUCAACCAGGAACUGAAACUACAAUAAACUGGUAGAAUAGACAAGACCAUGGCUUAAAGAGAAUCAGUCUUUUCUUGAUGUGAGAAGACUCUCUUGCACUCUGCAAGUUAGUUCUCAUUAGGAUUUUUUAAAAAGAGAAUUGAUUCCCCAGUUACCAUUUUUCAUAUACACACACUUGCCCUGAUGAAUUUGAUUGCAGAACGCUGGUUCCAUCCCCCUGCCAUCUGGAUUUAAUUCUUGGCCCAUAGGGAUCGCUGGGGAAAAUGGUAAUGCUGAAGGAUGGAAAUGUCAAAAGGAAGAUGCUUUGCAUGGGCAGGGCUAUAACAUGACCUACUUUUUCAAAAAAUCUGUUUACAAGUUUCAUGAGAGGGUGUUUAAGGGCUUCUUCGCACACCCAGGAAUCAGCAAUGGUUUUCUCAGGGCACAUACCAUGAGAUACCAACCCCCAUCUAUGCCAGAAACAAAUUCUAGGGCAUGUCAGCCAUUCUACUACUUCGCUAGUUCUUUUGGGUCAUUCACAUCAUGGACUGUUCUGUAGUACUGUGAACUCCAACCACCAAGCAACCCUUUUAUCGUUUAUGUCUUGGUGGGGAACCUUUCACCCUCCAGUUGUCGCUGAAUUACAGCUCCCAUCAUCCCUAGCCAUUAGCCAUGCUUGUUGGGGCUGAUGGGGAGUUGUAGUUCAGCAACAUCUGAGAGGGCCGAAGGUUUCCUGCACCUGGUUUGCGAGACCAGUUAUCCAAGGAUGCAAGGGAGGUGACGCAUAACCCCCCUCAUUUUACCAUAGUUUCUUUAGCCUUACGUGUUCACCCCUUGAAAAGUGCAAACAGGUCAAAGGUUAAAAUGAGUGGAAGGCAGAGCCUGGAGAAGUUACUUUUUUGAACUACAACUCCCAUCAGCCCAAUCCAGUAGCCAUGCUGGCCGGGGCUGAUGGGAGUUGUAGUUCAAAAAAGUAACUUUCCCAAGCUCUGGUGGAAGGAUUGCUGAGCCAGGGUAUCUGAUGUUCUCAAUCAGGGAUGGGGCCAUCCAGGUGUUGCUGGACUCCCAACUCCUAUCCGCCCUAGCUAGCCUGGCCAAUGGUCAGGGAUGAUGAGAGAUGUAGUCCAACAGUGCGUUGCCCAUCUCUGAUUUUAAUAGAGCCUCUUGCUCAUCAGGAAAUCUUACUCUUGUCCCAUUAUAUUCACUGAAUUCAUAUCAUUUCCUUUCGUGUUGUCCUCCUGUACCUCACUGGUCUGACCUGGAUUUUGUGACAUGCGAAGUUUAUGUUUUGAUUGCUCCCUGAGGAUCAAAGAGGGUCCAUCUUAUUUGGGCUUGGGCCUGCCGUAGCGUGCACCCCCUUUGCCAAUGAUAGAUGCUCCAACCCUUUUGCCUUCUCUGUGUAUAUGUAAAUAGAUUGUGAAUUCCUCCUCAGGUGCCUUUGCUUCUAGUUUGCCAAACUCUCUUGCAGUGAUUCAGGUGCACAAAAGAGACUUACACAGAUGUGGGCGGGAGUGGAAGGGAGAAGCAAUAUAUGUACUCUGUACAAUUUGUUGAAAAGAUUAAACGCCUAGCAGGAGGUAAGUUCCUGAUGUAUAGUGGGAACGCUGCCUUUGAAAGCAUUGCAAUCUCUUCCCAAGUCUACAGCAUCAUGUAUAUGGGUUGUGAUUUUGUUUUUGUUGUUCCUCUUUGCACAGGUUUAAGAGUGAAACUGUAUAUCUAAGUUUAUAAGUCACCCCUCAGCCUCAUCUUGGUGUGCGCUAUGUGUCAGCACCUCUUAACUGAAACUGGUCUGAAACUGGAUUAACAGUUGCAACUUCCUGCCAAGGAGUCAUGGAAGUGGUAGCAUUGAAGGACUGGGAAACCUUUCUUAUAGAUCUGUUCUUGCCCACAGACCUACAGUUCCAAGGGUUGUUUGGCUAGAGGGGCUGGGACAGGAAAAAAAACACCCUCAAAAGUGGUUUAAAUUCAUAAUGUAGACAUAUCCAUGAACCUAACAGCUAGAAGGACCAAAGAGCCACCUAGUCCACUCUCCCACCCAAAAGGGAAGGCCUUAUAGCCACCAGUCUUUCCCUAACAGAUCAAGCCCAGCAGGGCCGGUUCUAAAGCGCAGCCAGGUGGGGCACUGGCCUGAGGGCCCCGGAGCUACAGGAACACCUGAGGGACCCUCCGCUCCCCUUCCGUGAUCCGCGAUACCAUCUGCCUGCCCGCCAUUCCCUUGCCUUACCUGCCUGUCUCCUGCCUUUUAGCUUUGCCCUUAAUGUCCCUAAGGUACUGAAGCUGCUGCCACCAUCUUAGCUGAUGGCAGAGAUGCGUGCGCGUAGCACGCACAUGUGCCAUCAACAAAGAUGGCGGUGGAGGCUUCAUCCCCUUAGGGAAACUGUGGCCGCCAUCUUCAUUAAGGGCAAUGGUAAAAGACAGGAGACAGGUAGGUGGGGGGGCGCAUUCCAGGCAUGCGCAUUCGCGCUCGCGCGCACACGCCAGGGCCCAGAGCAAGCUGAUGCCCAAGGGCCCCGGUAUGCCUGGAGCUGGCCCUGAAGCCCAGGAUGUGCUUUUGACUUUCUUGGUGUCUUGUUCUUUUGGCUGCCCAGCUACUGCUGAGCCUCCAUUUUUUUAUGAGUUGGGGGGAAAGGCACUCAUUCAAAAAAGAGGAGCAUUCUGGGAUUCCUUUUCAACACAGAGAAAUCAAAAUAGCUUUGGGUAAAAAAAUGGUUUCGUUGAGUUUUGAGACUGGUGUAGGACCUUUUUCAGGGCAAGGGCUGCAUUCCCUUUGGGGCAACCUUCCAAGGGCCACAUGCCAAUGGUUAGUGGGGCCAGAGACAAGUGAGCAAAGUAUAAAUGGUAACUUUUACCUUUUUAAACAAGACCUAAUUUCUCCAUGCACUUGCGAAAAACAAGAGGCGUAAUAGAGACAGUUACAAGGGCCAGGUAGAGAAGCCUGGAAGGCCGCAUUUGGCCUGAGGUUCCCUAUUCUGACUGUAACAAAAUUAGAGCAAGAUGGCCUCCUGUGAUUCAGCCUGCAGAGAUGCCUAUAAAGAAUUGUCAGAGCUUGGAAAAGUUACUUUUUUUGAACUACAACUCCCAUCAGCCCAAUACAGUGGCCAUGCUGGCUGGGGCUGAUGGGAGUUGUAGUUCAAAAAAAGUAACUUUUCCAAGCUCUGAAAAUUGUACUAUGUGAUAUCCAACCAACUCAUACUCUGAGUAGACUCAUUAAAAUAACUGGUCUUUAGUUGCUGAAGUCCAUUGAUUUCAGUGGAUCUACAGUAUGUCUAACAUUGGAUAUCACCCAUUAUAUUUUAGGAGAGAGGGAGAAUAUUAAAGCCAGUUAUUAAUGAUGUUUUUUUUAAUUACAGGUAAUGUAAAGUUCUGAAACUUGAAAUCUGGAUGCUUUCCAAAGUAACUUCUCAUGCAAUUUAAAUUAAAUUGUGUAAGCAGCAGGGAUAUAGACCUAAGAAACUUGGAAUGGGUGUUCUCUUACUAUUCAGAUUUGUAAAGAGGUGUCCAUGUUGCCAAGAAUUGGACUGGGCCAAUGAACUGGUCUGUAAUGUGGUUAAAUUUGGGUAAAAAAUAAAGUAUCUAUCUAUUCCUGUUGGUUUGUCUGAGCUGAGGGCAGGAUGAGGCCUUAAAGUGUCUCAAGCACUUGAAGAAAAAUUAGUUGUGUUCACACAUUUGCAGAGUGCAAUACCCCUUUGCCCUGUUCACACACUGAUGCGUGGGUACCAGUUAAAAAAGAUCACAUUGCAUCCUGAUCCAUUCGCACAUACAAAGAAAAAAUCACCUUGUCCCACAAAGCAAUGGGAUGCUACACACUGCCAAACCGUAACGUCAACGAUGCAUGGGCUGUGUGCUGAAACCUGGUUGUAAAACUGCCCCCUUUUCAAACCAUUAUAAUAUAAAUACCACUGUUAAAGCGCUUUAUCCUUGAGAUAUGUUCAUACUCUGGGUGGUAUGGAUACUUUUAAAUAUUGUAAAUUAUUACAACUCUAGAAGGAUUUGUUGAUAGGAAAUUUUUAAAAAAGAGAUACUGCUGUUUUGGCAUGUGGGGCACAUUGUUGAAUGUACUUUGUUAAAUGCUGUAAAUGCUUUAAUCUUCUCCCCCUUCCCCAGAUGCAUGAAAUAAAAAUAUUUUUAAA